AUGACCAAAGACUCGAACGCUUUGCCCGCCCCAGCUUUCAACCUGCCGGCCUCGGCCAAGCUCCAGCAGCUGCACGACAACGCUGUCCGCCAUCUCAGCAACAAUGCUCCCGACUGGCUGGACGCCACCUCUCUCUUGGAUCUCCACAUGCACGAGCUGCCCAUUGUCUCGUCAUGUUUCGACUCUACACUUGACGAGACGGGCCUCGCUGAAUCUCUCAAAGACGGCGUUCUGACCAUCUACGCCGUCGCACGUCCUGCCUCGACUGCUCGCUCUGCUCAACCUCCGGGCCGAGUUGGCAAGAACGAUCUUUAUGCCGCUGGUCCUCACUGGCAGCCCGAGGUUCCACAAUCAAAUCGCGGUGUCGCCAUGUUCCUGUCUUCUCUCAGAGUCUUCACACAUGUGUUGAAGAGCAAUGCCAUUACCGACGAGCACAGAGAAAGAGUCGUUCACGUCUUCGACCUUCUGUCCUUCUUCCCACCUGCCGUUCGCGCUCUCCAUCUGCUGAUCCAAGGAAGCACCAUCUCUCAUUCAGCCAGCACUGCUCUCAGCCAAGCCUUCUUCUGCAUUCUCAAGGACUUGGGUCACAGGAAGCUCAUCAAGAACGAUGAUGCCAGACUUUUCGAGGGCGCCCGCCUUCUCUUUGGUCUCAUCAUUGAAAAGGCUAACCAGCUCAAGUCUGUCGAGUCGUUCGUGCCAGUCUACUCAUCGCACAUCCACACUGUGCAAUUGCAAUCGAUGGCAGCUUUAUCUGCGCAACCUCUCAUGCCUGUCAACGGAGGCCCUUCUCGCCCUGCCGCCUCAUCAUCUGCACAAUCUGAAAUCAACGCAGGAUAUCUGAAACUAGACCUUGUUUCCGAGUCCAAGCAGAGCGUUGUCAUCUUCAGUCCCCCUCAAGACAUCUUCACACGUGCGCAAACUCCGCAAGAAGUUAUUAGUCCUGGCGACCUUCGCAACUUGCAUCAACUCGCCAGCCUCUGCGGCAAGGCUUCUCUCUCAGUUGUGAGACCCUCUUUGUUAUCUUCAGUUGCCCCAGAGCACUUGACUUUCGACGAGCAAGGACAUGUUGCCGUCUACACCGGAAAAGCUGGGUGUGCGGGUCCUGGCGAAGACACUGUCAUCUUUCGUCCUAUGCAUGGCGAAGAGACCCCAAACAUGGGCCAGGUCGAGCAACGGCUUACUCCCAUCCUGCAAGCCUACGAAGAAGACGGCACUAACGUCUUCGACAUCCUUGGAUCCUCCGCCACUCGUUCUCUGGACGAGCCCGACGAGAUUGUCAUGUUUUGUGUGGAUUGCAGUGCGAGUAUGGACAGCUCCACUGAUUUGAUGGGCAUCGAUGCCGACUCCGGGCCUCCCAGAACCUCUGACACUCCUCAAAUUUCUCCGCAAGUUUACAAUCGCAUGCUUCUUGAUGAUACCAAGAAGGCUCUUACCGAACACGAAGUCUAUGAUGACGUUCUUGGCUGUGUGGCCGAGUGUGCCCACACCGCCAGAUCGACUGUUGCAGCCAAAAUGCUCACUCUGGUCUUCGAUCUGACCACCGAGGAGAUCGAGAAGAAACGCAGUUUAGCCAUGUACAGUUGGUAUGAGCGCAAUGCCGUCAACCUUAGGCUGGAGAAGCUUGAAAAUCUUGCCGCAGGUCUCAAACGCUUCGAGCAAGAGCUUGUUGAUAUGAUAAUCCUUCGUACCAUGGCCAUGUCUCCUCACAAGUGGACCUGGAACAUUGGUGAGAGGCUUCCCGGAUAUCAGCAGAUGGAACCCCUUCCUGAUGAAAUCACCAUGAUUCCUGUGGCCCUCAGAUGUCCCAUCAAGCUUGAUCUUAUCGAGGAUCCCGUCGUGGCUGCUGACGGCCAGACUUAUGGUCGUCAAGCUAUGGUCAAGUGGAUGUCGAUCAGAAGAUCCUCCCCCCUGACCGGUCUGAUGCUUGAGAACACCGAACUGCGCCCGCAACUUGGACUGGCUGAACAAGCAGACAAAUGGCUGCAGGGUGAAGAUCUUGUCGAACCCGAGGACCGUCCAGUCAACAAGCGCCGUCGCACCUCGCUCCGCACCAACGCUGUCACAUUCUCCAGCACUUCGCACCACUUUUCUCGUGCCCUCUCGCCAGCUACCACUCUCCUUGACUUGUACAAGAUCGCAUAUCGUGGAAUGAGAGGCCAUCACAAGCUCUUCCAGCUGUCCUUCAAUGGCAUCCUCACUCCAUCUUCGGAAGCCAUCUCCAAUUCCGGCAUCGUCGGAGGCAGCGUCAUCAGCAUCGUCAUCGCUGACAACGUGAGCGCUGUGCAGGACGGUGACUCGGCUUUGUGUCUGAUCAAGGCAUACUCCAGCAACAGCAGACCCGAUUUCUGCUACUGGGUUCCUGAAGAGACUGAAAAGUCAAUGGCCUCUAUCUUGGCAAAGUACUGGCGCUUCCAAUGGACGAGACGCCCCUGGCUUGAUUACGAGAAACACGAAGUCUGGACCGAUCUCAAGUCGUAUGGUGACAACCGCUUCCAAGGUCACAUAGCUAGUAACUCCGACUAUCUUAUGGACUACCUGACUCCUUAUCACGCUACUGGUGUGCUCCAAGCUGAACCUAUCCACUCACCGCUGUCUGAAUCCCCCUCCGAAGAUUCAUCAGAAAGCGAUGAAGAAGGAGGCACUCCCAAGGUUUUGGUUCUGAAGGUUAAGAUCUCUGCAGCUGCCGUUUAUCAGAAAAGCUCUCGUGGCUUGUCUCGUUUGGAAGUCCUGAAGCAAAUGUUUGAGGCUAUGGUCAACCGUAUGAUCGCCUACUCCUACAAGACGCACAUCGGCUUGAUAACCUUCAAUUCCACCGCAACGGUUUCUCAGUCAAUCACUCACGUCAUCGAAAACUUCAGACGAAGCGUCGAAAGCAUGAACGCUCAAGGUGACACUGCUCUUUGGGAUGGCCUCAAGCUCGCUCAGACUCAGAUCAUGAAGUAUGCAGAGAAGUAUCCCAAGGCACAGCGUCGCAUCAUCUGCCUCUCUGACGGAAACGACAACAAGUCUACAGCCGGGCCUGCGGACCUCUGCUGGCAAUUGCGUGCGAGCAAGAUCUUGGUUGAUUCUGUCUGCAUCGGGGAUGACGACAACAAGGAUCUCAAGGCUCUUUCUGGCUGGCUCAAGUCUUAUUGCUUCUAUCCCAAGGAUCUCACCACUGCAUUGGCCAUCUGUGAGAUGGAGCCCGUUCUUUCCCAGACUGAACGUCCUGCACCUCCCGCUGAUGUGGGACCCAUGCAACGAACCUCUGGUCUGCAGAGUUUCUUCACUAUGCGCGCCCGUGCUGCCUUCACUACAGUCACGCAGGAUGUGUAUCCCAAACGCAAAGAGCACCCUCGCCUGGAAGAUACGUUUGUGCAGUUGGCCAAUUGUGUUCGCACGAACACUGCCAGCAGCUUCAGCUUGCCUACUCUUAGAGUGUCUCGUCUCCUCGUGGAGAUGCGCGAAAUGGCUGCUAACCCUCAUCCCAAGUAUGACUGCUACGUGUCCGAGGCCGACAUGUUCUUCUGGAAGGUCGUCAUUGAAGGCCCUCCCGAGACUCCAUACGAGAACAGCAGCUUCCUGCUCUACCUCGAGAUGCCUGAGAACUUCCCUGCUUUCCCACCCAAGGGCCGCUUCGUGACUCCACUGUUCCAUCCCAACAUCAACCGUCACGGCCGCAUCUGCCAUAGCAUCUUUGACCGUGACUGGACCACGGAUACUACUCUCAAGAGUGUUCUCGAUACCGUCUAUGGCCUCUUGCUCCAGGCUGAAGCUGGCGAUGCUGUGCACACUACCGUCACCCUCGGCUUCCACCAUGAUGAAGUCGCAUUCGCCGAGGAAGCCCGCCGCCACGCCAGAAAGCAUGGCUACAAGACUCGCCAGGACUGGAAGAUCGAGCUGCUUGAUCUUGGAGAGGAGGACGAAGGUGAGGUCUACUAGGAGGAGAUAUGAUUGAACAAAGAGGAGGAGUACCGCGAUUGGGAAAAGACCCUCCUAUUCGGACCACACCAAGCUCCCGUAGCCUUGCUGUACACUGAGACUUUGCGUCUCAUUCGCUGCAUACACGAUAGC